AUAUUCAGUGAUGGCACCAGGUGGGAGAGUACGUCGUUCGCGUACUGGAUCUACCCCUUCUACCCGUGAUGCAACGGAGCCAGCAUUGCCGUCACAUGUUGCAUCGCAGGCGUCUGAUCUCUCAGUUGCGCAUACACCGGGCACUGCAUCGUCGUUGACCAGCCGACAAGGAUGUGGACCCACGCGCGGGUUGCUUUUAGAGCGACUUAUGUGUGAGGGCAGGGUGACGGUAGAGUUCCCACAGGACUGCAUUAGACCUGUUGGGAAUAAUAUCCUGUUGUUUACGUCGGAGGUUGGUGUCUUAUGCCGAUCUCUGAUCCCCCACCACUCCCCGUUGGGGAGACGUGACAGAUGA